CGGUGCAUCAACUGCAUCCCUGGGAGUACUGUUUUUCCGCCAGAUCGAAUUUUGUGCCAGGAUAAUUCGCUGAUGUCAGUGACACCGAUUCCUUCCUCAUUCGAACGGAAUUUUCUAUUGUUUCAUCGGUCAGCGGAUGUUACUCCAAAUACCUGGAAGAUUGCCUGGCUCGAUCCUUUGUAUACUGCACUCUAUUUUAAUGCAAUAUUCAUUGAGUACACGCUGUUCUCAAAAGCUAAAUGGAUAGAAGUCGCGAUCAAUGUUUCAUACAAUCGUUACGGUGAAUCGUUUGGAUUCUCGCGUGAUCGAAAGAUUCAUUGGAAGAGGUAUCCGGGCCAACAGCGAGACUCGAAGUGCACUAUCCCCCGAUCCGCGGUGUUAUAUGAUGCGACAGGUUGCAGUGAGUCACCGUGAUGCGUUCGUCUGCCUGGCGUCUGGUUGCGACAGGGUCAUUCACAACGAUUUUCUUUCCUUUUCUCGAUUUUCGUUGGAAGUCUGAUUCCACAACGUGCGUCAGGGUGGACAGAUCAUGGCGGGCAUGGCGAAUUACGUAUGCAGCAAGUGAUAGUGGCCAUCGAUUUCACAAAUUGGGGGGCCGGGUUACACGAAUAUCCGUUAGCAAAGGAUUCGUGGAACUGAGUCAGCGCUAUAUGAUGUCGCGAAACUAUGAACCGCACGUGGAAUGCCAGCUGUGGGUGUAACCGGUGACAGAAAUGUCACCACAGGUAUCACGUUCUCAAACUGAAUUAUAGGACGAUCAGGAAACAUCUAUUUUUAUCUCGCCAUGGUGUACGCCUUGUGGAUUUUUGCUUCGUGGAAUGGGAUAAUGAACUUGUUAGGAAAUUAAACUUGGAAGUUAAUGCUAGAAACUUCAGCAAAGUACCACUUUAAUUGAUUUUUACUUAGUAGCAACGAUUGUUCAAGAAUGUAUUAUGCAAUUUCGUAGCGUCGACCACUUAAGCUUAUUGCGCCGAUUAAUACGCUAAAGCAUGUCAAUGUUGAUUUAUGUAUUCUAUCAGUCGAAACGGUAAUAAAUAGGUGCUUGUAUAAAUGGCGAAUUAUUUAUAGAAGCUUCAUUUAAAAUUACACAGUGAAUCAACGAUUUGUGGGAAUACGCAUAACCGUAGUGUCAUAAGUCGAAGCGAAAUCGGAAUGAUAGUCACACGCGGUCAAUUAUUCUGCCGCAAGGGAUAUCCCUGUUACGUCAAUUGAGCCGCUUGCUACGUGGGCCGACUAUACCUCGCCUUUUUUACUCUGUUAAUCACGCAUUUUACAAUACUAAUGAAUCUAUCGCAACGUCUAGCUGGGAAUUCCUGCUGAAGGGUUUUACGCACGUUUUACUACUUGAGCUAGAUGAAACGCGCAAAGAUGACCAUGAACUGAUUCACUAUAGUUAGUUUAUAGUUUAUAAUUUAUAAUCAAUUAUAAACAUUGCACGAAUACUUCAUGUCCGCCUGCCGAUCGAAGAAGAUGAAAUCAGUGAUUUUUCUGUUUUAUGUUCCCUGGGAGGAAAUAGGAGAACGCAACAAAGAAGAUCUCUUGGACACAGCUGAUCUGGAUGAAAGAAUUGAUUUUUAUCACAUUGUGUUUAUCGAACGGAAUCUCUAUUCUCAACGUCAGAUGCAGGGUUAAAACUGCAAGGAGAAAUUGAUACCGUGCUUCGCAUGGAUGAACGGAGAAGUUCAUCUAAUCGUCUUUAUUCGGUUACCAAAUUGAACGUCUGACCUAAAUGAUAAUUGUACAGAAGAACAUAUUGUGAAGAUAUCAAUAACGAUACCCGUGGAGUUCAAGUUUUUGGAAAGAACUUGGAAAGAACUCGGAAAGACCUGGAAAGACGAGGAAACUUCAUUUAUCGUUCCUACCUUAUUGGACUGAUACAAUUGCAAUUCCACGGAACGAAGUGCACAGGAAACAGAAAAUUUUCUAAGGCGAAGUAUGCGAGUAUCUUCUCUAACAAUUCCAUCGAUCAAACGCUUCUCGCCGGGGACAGUGCGCUACUUCAUUGAACAAGCAGGAAGACAUUUCUCACCCAGAGUGCACCAAUACUUCAUGAGCUUGUAACCGAUAAGUUAUCGGUUUAUACGUUCGCAGAGACAGUAAACACACGAAUUACGGUAGUACGAUUCAAUGAAUUUUCACGCGUAAAUAAGGAAAGAAAAUUCGAUUGAACUUUCGCAAAGCGUUUGAACUUCCUGAAUCGUCAGUAACGCCCCAAACGAUGAUGAUCGUAAACAUUGGAACACUGGUAUUACUCAACGGGCCGAUAAGGAGCAAUUAAAAUUCUGCUUAAAUUAUCGUACAUGGGUGGUGACCGUUGCUAUAUCGCAUUAAUACGCUAGAAGUCGAAGUUCGCACUUUAUAUAAAUAUGUAUUUCGCCUUCCGUUAUCAGAAGACGACCGUUGAGAGGACAGCCGGUCCGCGAUGAGAGUAAACUCGUCGAGGUCUCCUGUAAAAUUUUCGAAUCGAACGUCCACGUGAUUCUGACCGCAGCGUCGUGUUCGAGAAAGAAGUCACGGCUUGACGGAUACUACCCAUGGAAGUCGAGGAAGCGGGUAAGGGGCCGUGAUCGUUGACGUGUCCGCCAGUGAGACAGUGGUAACUACCAUACACGAAAAUACACUGGUUUUUCAAGUGUUACACAAGGAGUAUUAGCUGGCGAUUCGCAGGAUACCAAGAGUUUUCCUGCAACGUGCAUGGAUCCGGAUCGAUGCGUGUGCAUCUUCCGCGUGUGUGCAGGCUGUUCCACGUAUAAAUACACUUCUGGCAGCAGGAAGCUCUCAGUCGAUUGCCUCUCAAUACGACGGCAGUGGUGCGUGUAAUUUAUGCACGUGAGCAAGUUUCAGUCAAGAUCGGGACAAACGCGUAGACAAGUCCGAGGCAUGAGAAGUAGAUUAUUGAAGAGCUCCCUGUUAAAGCUGAUGAUGCUCGUCCCGUUGACUUUGGACAAUGUGGUCCAGUUAACGGCGAACGUCGACGGCCAGCACGGCCAUCACCAUCAUCGGCCGGCCCGGAGGAUCAAUUUGCCGCGCGCGGUGAACAUGAUCCGGAGUUUCACCUGCGUGGAGCCGCAGAGCCGGGCGUACAACUUGAGGGACCUGAUGCAGAACGUUCAACAGAAUACCGGGGACAGUGUCAUGCAGCCUGCUUACAUUGUAUUGAAACGCUGCGACGUGCACUCCGGUUGCUGCACCAACCCGGACAGAAGCUGCAAACCAGUGGUGUCGUCGAUUUACUACGAGGAGGUGGAGACCCAGAUUUUGAGCCUGGAGACCAAGGGGAUCAGGAAACAAUGGAUCACGGUCGAGCAACACGGGAAUUGCUCCUGCGAGAUCACCACGACGCACGACCGACGUCGAUUAGAGCAUCUACAGCCGAACGUGACUCUUAUUUGAUGGUUGACAAUGAACGAUCAUUGAGAAACGUUCCGUGCCGAUUUUCGUGUUCACGUCUUUCCCGAUGGACCGAUAUCGGCUUCUAGUUCAACGCGUGCAUUUAGACUGUAACGCAGAAAGUAGAUUGGCUCGAUGCCCAACAACAUGACUGUGUUGUCUUCUCGACGGUAAAAGUCAAGGAACGAUCGCCGGACACCUGUUUUGCAGGAGUCACGUGAUAUAGUGCAAAUUGUUACUAUUUAAACUAGUCAUAUCUAUUAUUAAUAAACGCCGUGAAUAGUCCGGUAAUUGAACUGAAUGGGACCAGAACGUGUUAACACGUUAAAAUUUAGCAUACCAAGCUCGUUUCCGGCGAAGAGAACAGUCGUGUUUCUGUUCACCAUUGUGAUAUUACUUUAAUAUUACGGUAUUAGUUGAUAAAUGCAAUGACAGUCUCGUAGUUACGACACUGUGUAUAAAUGUGUAAAUUGUUGGAUAUCUUUAUUCGUGUCGUGUUUCAGUAUUUAAGCGUUCUCGUCGGUAAUUUUAAAAUGUUCUCGCCCUCUGUUGGAAUAACCCGCGGUACUCGGAAGUAUUCGAAAAGUAUUAAUGUCGGGCAACACGUUGAAUCGGUUAAGAGACUGAUGUACAUGUAAAAUAUAUUGUAUUUGUGCGCAUCUUAAUACCUCGUAUUUAUUAUAUUCGAGCGGACAUUUAUAGAUCGUAGGUAUUUAUUUUAUAUAGUAUUUAUUAAUAUUCAUCGGUGACACGUGGAAGUAAUAAGCAUAUCCAUUUAAAUCUGUAAAACACUGAGAAAUAAAACAUGUUUCAGUAAGAAAAAAAAGGAUAGAGACGACACUCAUACUUUCCGACAAGAUAUUUUCGUUAAAAAAAUUGUCAUUUCUGAGAAACGUUAGUGACACUGCCAAUGAUCAAUGACAAUCGAUCAACAUCCGCAUAAAAAUUACUUUCUACAAGUAAAUAAAUAAGACAACUUAAAUGCUAUAUACUUUCCAUCGGCGUUCUCGCGAGUAGAACCAAAAAAGGGGAAACUCAAUGAAAGGAAUGUCUCUUUCAGUUAUUGAGAAUAAUAUUAGAGAAAAUGGUUGUAUAGUUGCUGUUAAUCCCAGACAGUUUCGCGGUUUUAAACUAUAUGGAUGCAAUCGUCUUUGCUAGAACGAUGUUACAGUCUCGUUUUCAGGAUACAGAAUUAAGUGUCGCAGCGACCGAUUUAUCUGUACAACAUAAUUAACUGAUU